AACACAAAGGCAUCAACACCUUACAAACUAUUUUGAAAAUGAAGAGCUUCGUUGCGUUGCUGGUUGCCACUCUGGCCGUUGUUGCUCAGGGAUCUUACGUUCAAUCCUCAUACUGGCCAUCACACUCAGCAGGAUGGAACUCCUGGAACAACGGCUGGAACGGUUGGAAUGGCCACCAAGUUGCUGCCUACCCAUACACCAAAACGUGGGCCUCUUCCUGGCCAGCAACUGGUUUGUACAACAACGAAUGGGAUGGAUAUUAUGGCGCCUAUGAUAAAGUCAACUCCUGGGCUCAACCAUGGGGAACCUAUGGAGCUGGAUGGGGAUACCAGCACCUAGCUAAAACCGUUGUGCCAUCGGUGAAGGUUAACUCGUUGGGUCUGCCAUGGGGGAGCUAUGGAGCAGGUGCCUACGGUUGGGAGCACCCGGAAGUGGUGAAAACUGUUGUUCCAGUUGCGAAACAGGUGGUUUAUGUUGCUCCAGCACAUGCUGGUGUGGAGAAGGUUCUUGUACACCCAAAAUGGUAAUUCGAGUUUGUUACAAACGGAUGUUCUAAAUAAAUUGUAAAU